AUGGAAUGGUCAAACCAAAGCAUUGUGACAGAAUUCAUCACUGCUGGUUUCCCCAGCCUCCAGAAGCUGUGGCUCCCAGUUUUUUUGCUGGUCUUACUCAUGUAUUCAGUGACCUUAGUGGGAAACACAGUCAUUAUCUUCAUCACCAGGAUUGAUCCCAGCCUCCACACACCCAUGUACUAUUUCCUGGGCAACUUUUCCUUUCUUGAGAUCUGGUACACCUCGGUUACUGUACCCAAGAUGCUUACUGAUCUCCUGGCAGACAGGAAAGUGAUUUCUUUCAAUGGCUGCAUCUCUCAGCUUUAUUUCUUCCUUGCACUGGGUGCCACUGAGUGCUUCAUCCUUGCAGCCAUGGCUUAUGAUCGCUACGUAGCCAUAUGCCACCCUUUAAGGUACACUGCCAUCAUGAGCAGCAUAGUGUGUAUCAAUCUCACUUCCUGGUCCUGGAUCAUCAGCUUUCUUCUUCCAUUGGUACCAGUAAUUCUCAUCUCCAAGCUCAACUUUUGUGGCCCUAAUGUGGUUGACCACUUCUUCUGUGAUAUUCUACCAGUGCUGCGGCUGGCUUGUGUUGAUACCCACCUCAAUGAGAUGCUCAGCUUCUUCAUCUGCUCCUCAGUGGUUGUGGCCUCCUUUGCACUGACCAUGGCUUCUUAUGGAAGCAUCAUCACCACAAUCCUUCAAAUCCCCUCAGCUGCAGGACAAAAGAAGGCCUUCUCUACCUGUGCCUCACAUCUGACUGUGAUCACCAUCUUCUAUGGCACGGUUUUGUUCAUGUAUGGCCGGCCCACCAGAAAGUUCUCCUUCAACCUGGAUAAGGUGAUAGCUGUGUUCUACUGUUUGGUCACUCCACUCCUAAAUCCCAUCAUCUACAGUCUCAGGAACAAGGAGGUGAAGGAGGCAUUAAGGAAAACCCUGUAUGGAAAACAGGGAAGAUUAAAAUGA